AGCAUUCAUCUGCUUUUUAACAAAGUUGGUUUAACUUUGUUUCAAUCCUUUUCAUAAAGCUUAUAGAGGGAUCUGCAGGUCUAAAGUAUGUUUACUAAAAAGAUCACAUUACUACUAGGCCAUUAUUGUAUCACAAGCAUAGUUUAUGGCUUUUUAUUUAUUUAUUUUAAACUUUUUAUAAAUAGCCUAAAACCAGCCGAAACUGGUCAGGCUUGUCUGUCGGUUUUGGUGGCUUUCAGGAGGGAGACUAGUUUUAGCAGGGUUAUUUAAAAGUAUGUUUCUAGCUGGUCAUUUUUGGAGCAGUAAUGUCUCUGCAAAUCAUGUCCAACCCUUUUAAUGUAUUUGACCUUGAACGGUUCGUUCAGAAUCAUGACAAUUUGUAUCCCUCUCCGAAUCAUAACGGGAUUCAUUUUGUGCCUCCCCUAGCGGAGACGAAGCGGAUUUACAAUGUCAUAAAAAGCAGGGAUGAACGCCAUGUCUGAUCCCGCUGUUGAGGGGUAGAGAGAGCGAAUAAAAGCGGGCGGACUUCGAGGAUUCGAGUCUGAGCGCGGUACCAGGCUCGAUGUCGGAAAGCACCGGGAUUCCUCAAGGCUCCCCGGCGGUGGGCGCGGCGGGUUCGGCUCCGGCUGCACCAGGAGUCGGUGGAACCGAGUGUUCGAGCGCUGCUGUCGGUUCUGCACGUAUUGCCGUCAAGAAGGCGCAGCUCCGCUCCUCCCCGCGUCCGAAGAAACUGGAGAAACUCGGCGUUUAUUCCUCAUGCAAGGCUGAAGGAGCUUGUAAGUGUAAUGGCUGGAAGAGUCAAAAUCCACCACCAACUCCGCCCCCUCCAACCCCGCCCAGGGCCGAGCAGCCAAUUGCUGUUAACUUAAUGGAGCCAUGCAGAAGCUGCAGCCACGCCCUUGGUGACCAUGUGACACACCUGGAGAAUGUGUCAGAGGAGGAGAUGAACAGAUUGCUUGGAAUCGUACUGGAUGUGGAGUACUUGUACACAUGUGUUCAUAAAGAGGAGGAUCCUGACACUAAACAAGUUUACUUCUCUCUCUUCAAAUUGCUACGGAAAUGCAUCCUGCAGAUGGGAAGGCCAGUCGUGGAAGCUCUGGAAAGCCCACCUUUUGAAAAACCAAGCAUUGAACAGGGUGUGAACAACUUUGUACAGUACAAGUUUAGCCACCUACCCUCUAAGGAAAGGCAAACGAUUGUGGAGCUCGCGAAGAUGUUCCUCAACCAGAUAAACUACUGGCAGCUAGAGACGCCCUCACAAAGAAGGCAAAGAGCACCUGAUGAUGACGUAGCUGGUUAUAAAGUCAAUUACACCAGGUGGUUGUGUUAUUGUAACGUGCCCCAGUUCUGUGACAGUCUUCCUCGGUAUGAGGCCACACAGAUUUUCGGACGCACUUUUCUGCGCUCUGUGUUCACCAUAAUGAGGAAACAGCUGUUGGAACAGGCCCGACAGGAGAAAGAUAAACUACCGCCUGAGAAACGCACACUCAUUCUCACACAUUUCCCCAAGUUUUUGUCUAUGCUGGAGGAGGAGGUUUAUAGUCAUAAUUCGCCCAUCUGGAGUGAAAACUUCAUGGUUGGUUUAUCAGGUGGACAGAUUCCCACAGUUAUCAGUGCCCCACCCGUGACCCGCCCCCUGUACUAUAGCAGUAGUCCCGCCCCAGUGGAGCUGGCUGGAGGAGGCAGCGUAAGCCCAGCCCGGAAAGCAGCAUCCGGUCUGGAACCCAAUCCAGGUGGAGAAAAGCGAAAGCCUUCUGAGCUGUUAUCUCACGAGGACUGCAAACGACCUCGUGUGGUUGGUGACAUUCCUAUGGAAUUAAUUAAUGAAGUCAUGUCCACCAUUACAGACCCUACAGCCAUGCUGGGACCAGAGACCAGUCUUCUCUCAGCUCAUUCUGCGCGUGAUGAAGCUGCUCGAUUAGAAGAGAGGCGCGGCGUCAUCGAGUUCCAUGUCAUUGGAAACUCCCUCAACCAAAAGCCCAAUAAGAAGAUCCUCAUGUGGCUUGUUGGCCUGCAGAACGUCUUCUCACAUCAGCUGCCCCGCAUGCCUAAAGAAUACAUCACACGCCUCGUAUUUGACCCGAAGCACAAGACUCUUUCUCUGAUUAAAGAUGGCCGUGUUAUUGGGGGAAUCUGCUUCCGGAUGUUUCCAACUCAGGGCUUUACUGAGAUUGUGUUCUGUGCCGUCACCUCCAAUGAACAAGUCAAGGGUUAUGGGACUCACCUGAUGAACCAUCUAAAGGAGUAUCACAUCAAGCAUGAAAUUCUCAACUUCCUCACCUACGCUGAUGAAUACGCCAUUGGCUACUUCAAAAAGCAGGGAUUCUCGAAGGAUAUUAAAGUGCCGAAGUCUAAGUAUGUGGGCUACAUUAAGGACUAUGAGGGAGCCACUCUCAUGGGCUGUGAACUGAACCCCUGCAUCCCUUACACUGAGUUCUCCGUCAUCAUUAAGAAACAGAAAGAGAUCAUUAAGAAGCUUAUAGAGCGCAAGCAAGCGCAGAUUCGUAAAGUCUACCCAGGCCUGUCCUGUUUCAAGGAGGGAGUUCGCCAGAUUGCAAUUGAAAGCAUUCCAGGAAUCCGUGAGACGGGGUGGAAGCCUUUAGGGAAGAGCAAAGAGCUGAAGGAUCCUGACCAGUUGUACAGCACCUUGAAGAACAUCUUACAGCAGGUCAAGUCACACCAGAAUGCAUGGCCCUUCAUGGAGCCUGUAAAGAAGAACGAGGCACCUGGUUAUUACCAAGUCAUCCGCUUCCCUAUGGACUUGAAGACGAUGAGCGAGCGCCUGAAAAGUCGUUACUAUACCACGCGGAAGCUGUUCAUGGCCGACAUGCAGAGGAUCUUCACUAACUGUCGAGAGUAUAACCCUCCUGAAAGCGAAUACUACAAAUGUGCCAACCUACUAGAGAAAUUCUUCUACACCAAGAUCAAAGAGGCGGGCCUCAUCGAGGCUAUGUAAUCCAGCUAAGGGGUGCAAGCAGUCCGUUUCCCUCUUCCCCUCCCUUUUCUCUACCUCUUUUUCGCAACAUUUAUCAUAUAUAACUCCCUCAGUGUUUUUGCAUCAAAAGGAGGGUUGUUUGAAAUGCAGGCGUUUGGUGUGUGUGAAUAUCCGCAUGACCACCAUAUGUGGAAAAAGUCUCUUUCUUGUCUUAAAAAUUCCUUCUGCCAAAAUUGCGGAACAAUUUUACGGUAUGUACGGCUGUAUGCAUUUGGCGUGCAUGUGUUCAUGCUAGUGUGUGUGUAUAUAAUAGUGAAAAUCUGUUUAUAUAGAUCAAUUUUAUGAAAAACUGUAUAUUUUAUAUAGUACCAACCAAGAAAAAUUACUCUAAUUACCUAAUGUUAUACCUUCAAACAGCACUUAUUUAUUAUUAAACUUAAAGAAAUUGUGGUAAAUACUAGUAUUCAUACGAUGAAUAUUCCUAAUCAGAAACCCGCACAUUUGCGGUCUUUACCAGAGCUUGUACGUGACGUGGUGUAAUGAGGAGCAUUCCCUGUGCAGUGACAAAAACAGUCUUAAUAUGCUAAUGAGAACGUACGGAAUCUGUAUGUAAAGAUGACACGUGCAAUGACUCCUACUAUUGUUGUUUUCUAAAAUAUUUGUACUUUUAAAUACUUAAGAAGAGAUAGGCUUUGUACUACAUUCUGGGAAUUGGGGGGAAAAGGCUAUUUUAAGGUCUUUGUACCUUUGCUUUUAAAGACAUAUUAUGUCUUUUAAAGACUUUUGCUUUUAAAGCAUAUUUUAUAGAAUGAUUACAUCUUUAGAGCAACUAAUGUGAAAGAAAUGUCUACUUUUGUGUUGAACUGUUUCAGUAAUGUUGCACAAACUGCACAUCCUUUUUUUUUUUUUUGUUCUUGCACUUUUUUAGCUCUAGAAAUUGUUAAAUCAAAGAAAAAAAUCACAAUCAUCCAUUUCUUGUGUUAAUACACCUGUUAAUGUUUAUUUUAUUAGUAAUCGGAUGACAUUUUUUGUCAGCUGACCAAUUUAGGUAUGUUAUUAAGCAGAAAAUGCAUAUGUCUGUAUAUUUUUAUUGAAAAUGAGUCAACAGACUGGAGUUUCUGGAUUUGUGCAGAAUUUGCUGGUCUAGUCUAGCAUAUCACCAUGUAGCUUAUAACAGUGUUUCAAAUACUAUAAAGCCAAGUAAAAAAAGUUUAUUUACUCAUCCAAGAAACCUGUUUCCUACAUAGCUGUGCUCGUGUUUUGUCUCUCCACGAUCUCUACAAGACAAUAAAAUAAUUUCAAAUCAGUAA